AUGCAAAUAUAUCGAGAGAGAUUCCUUCCCCAGGGCUCAGGGCAGAGCAGGCUUGGACAGGAGAGCAGCAGGAUGAGGCUGUUUGUCUUGCUGGCUGUGCUCUACAGUGGGGUAAAGAGCAGCAUUGUGCUGCAGAAAAUGUAUGGGAGGAUCACAUCCCCCAACUUCCCAAACGUCUACCCAAAUCACAAGGAGAGAACCUGGAAUAUUACUGUCCCCAAGGGAUAUUCUGUCCGCAUCUACUUCACCUAUUUCAACCUGGAGCUGUCCUACCUGUGUGAAUAUGAUUAUGUGAAGCUGAGCUCUGGUGGGAAAACCUUGGCUACUCUCUGUGGAAAGAACAGUACAGACACUGAGGAGGCUCCAGGCAACAAGACGUACAUCUCCAUCGACAACAACCUCAUGGUAGUGUUUCGGUCUGAUUACUCCAAUGAGAAAUCAUUCACAGGCUUUGAGGCCUUCUAUGCUGCUGAAGACAUCGAUGAGUGCAAGCAGCUGGUGGAUGGUGAACCCCUCUGCAAUCAUCACUGCCACAACUACGUGGGGGGCUACUAUUGCAGCUGCAGGGUUGGCUACACACUGCAUGAGAACAAGAGGACAUGCACAGCCCACUGUCAGAGCCAGGUUGUUACUGAGACUGGAGAAAUCACCAGCCCUGACUCUCCAACUCCUUAUCUCAGCUCCUGCAGCUACAGUAGCCAGGUAGAAGAUUUCCUGAUUGUGCUGGAAUUCCUGGAGAUCUUUCAUGCAGAGCCACACACAGGAAUGUUGUGCCCCUUUGAUGUCCUUAAGUGCAGCUAUCAAAGAACUCCCUCAGUUUUGAGGAUGAAACUGGAGACUUUGAGCAAAGCUGAUUUUGCUAUUAAGUCCAGGCAGAAGUAUCAUGAAGAUCAUAAAAAUGAUCUUGUCCACUUGGGUUCAGACUUCUGCUAA